AACCACACAAUGACCAUGACUUGUAGUACUGAAACCAAAACCACAUCACAUGACAUAGGCUGUGACAGUGCUGCAGACCUGGACUGGUGCUGUCUCAAGAUGCUACUGUUACUUGCCUUACAGAGUCUACUGGUGUGCUCACUUCAUAGUGGCCAGGCAGUAGCUAACCCUGUGGCUUCUCUUGUGGAGACCACUUGUGCUAACAGUUGUUCCUGUAGUGAUAUGGAAGAUUUUACGCAAAAAUCAGCAAGAAAAGUGGAAGCACACUUUGAGGAUUCGCUUGAUGAUCUAUUGGAAAGCGUGGAAACUAUGGUGUCCUCGCAGAUUGAUAGCAUCUCAACUACUGCAGUAGAAAAUAUAUUACGAAAUUUUACAAACGAGAACUCACUGGCUCUUACAAGACUGAACAAUUCAACUGUGCAGCAAGCAAGCAAUUUGCAGGAAUUAUUGCUCCAGGUUGAAACCAUGAGAGAAGAAAUAUUUCGAAGGCUCGAAGAUCUAAAAACUCAGCAAAUUUUGCUAUUUAAUUCAACUUUGAUGGAACUCAGGACUCAUUUCGAGCAACUGAUGACUACAUCACAGGCUGGUCGCCCUUCUCCCACGGAAGAACUCAGGCACGAAAUUGGCGAUAUUAAGGAUACAGUGAAUAUGCUAUUACAACUGCAACGACAAAAUAUGGAAAGACCAUUGUCACAGUCACAGCGGCAGUCUCAAUCGACAGUGCAAAAAGGCACAAGCACGAGGGCGAGUUGCCUAAAUAAAAACAAGAGGAUUCUCGUGCUUUAUUGUGACGACCCCUUACAAAUCAUGCCUCGAGUACCUGCAUCUAAUGGAACAGGAAUUGCAACCAGCUCACCACUUGAACCCACACUUGGAGAUAUGAUGGCGAUUUUUUCAGCUGUUUUGUUGGGCUCCUAUGAACAUCCGGUUAAUUCGUGCAAAGAUCUUCCUGAAGAUUAUUCGUCUGGUGAUUACUAUGUGUUGAACAACUGCAAUAAAAUUCCUGUGAAGGUAUAUUGUGAUAUGUCCAGGACAGCUUGCAAUAGUACAGGUGGGUGGAACAGAGUUUCCAUGCUUGAUAUGACCAACUCAAGCCACGAAUGCCCAACUGGUUUGAAAUCUAUUACAAGGGACACGAGUCCCCAUCGUCUGUGUGGUAGUGUUCUUGGUAGUGGGGCUUGUAACUCAGUUAUAUUAAAAACUCAUGGAAUUUAUUACUCAAAGGUUUGCGGGAAAAUCAAAGGCUAUCAAUUCGGUGCUCCAUAUGCUUUUUACUAUGAAGCAAAAGGAAUAGAAUCCAAUUACGUUGAAGGAGUAAGUCUAACUUACGGAAAUGCUGGAUCUAGAAAACAUAUUUGGACUUUUGCAGCUGGACCAGAUGAAACAAAUGCUCUCGAUUUUGUUUGCCCUUGUACUCGAACUGAUCUUACUUGGGCUGGUAGUAUACCAAAUUUUAUCGGACAAAAUUAUUUUUGUGAUACUGCUAACCAUAACUUGCAUUACUCAGCUGCUUACGAGAAAGAAUUUUACGAUGACCCGCUAUGGGAUGGCAAUGGUUGUGUGUCCACUAGUACCUGUUGCUGCUUUAACACUCCUCCAUGGUUUUGUACCGAAUUACCUGAGUCGACAAAUUACGAUAUUGAGCUACGAUUGUGCAAUGGUCAAAGUAUUAGUACAUCUGAAACUCCAAUCGAGGUUGUGGAGCUCUAUGUCAAGUAAACUACUGAUAGCUAGAUCAUAAUUUUAGUCAUGGUAGCUAGCAAAAUAACACUUGACAUUAAUUUUGAUUAAUUAUGUGAUUGACUUGCACGAACUAUUAAUUUUGUAUUUAA